AUGUCCGUCGCGACCCGUAGACCAUCUUUGACACCUUCUUCGCCAGCUUCUCAUCGUGGAUCUCGGGUCGACCUCUCCAUCAACACUUCCACCACUCACGCUCCCCCUGCACCUGACUCGUACACAGCCUCCUCUCACGCCAAGUUCGCCGUUGGACAGCUUCUCAGCAACCUCUCGCACCCAAAAAAAUCCCACUCACGCAUGUCUUCGCCAAAAAACUCUCACUCGCCUGUCGGCAGUGAGCCACAAGGGCUUAAGCGCAAGUAUGACUCCGACACAGACGCCUCAACUACAUUCAAGGUUGCUUCCGCAACUGAGGUCCAGUUGCCUAGCGACCCAUUGCGACGAGCAAGCAUCAUCAAUCUUGCUACCGCUGCGGCAGCUGCUGUCUUGCAAAGCCAAGUCGGUCAACGUCACACGUCGACACAAGCAGAACAAGAACAGAAGCGUCAGCGAGUCGAGCAGCUUGGCAUGCUCAUCGAGCAGGCACGCAAAGCAAGUGUCGGCAGCUUGAGUCAGGACAUCACACGACAUGUAGAGAGCGCAUCCCAAAAUGUAGCCAUCGCUACCGCUCUUGCAAGCCACCUCGGUCUCACCCCACAAUCAUCUGCUGCUUCCAGUCCCGCUCCUGGUACGCCGGUGCCAACAUCUCCAACCAAGGCGCCUACUUCCGCCAGUACUUCAUUGGCGGUAUCUGUAAUGCCAGCAACGCCAAAGAGCCCUCUCUCCUCAGAGCCUAUCACAGCUGGCCAGGAGGCUGAAUCAGAAACAGCCCAACCUACGGAGGACGUCCAGGGAAUCAAAGUCUCAAGCAGCCCUCAGCAACUGCCAGCACCCCUGUCGCCUGUUAGCACGCCCGCCAUCACAGUCAACGAUGCUGAAGCUAAGGACUCUGCCUCAUCCAGCAGAUUGCCCGCCGGGCACAUGCAGACUUUGGCCUCAAGCGAAGGCUUCCUUGAUGAGGCCAAAGAGGUCGCUCACACAUACAGCCGCUUCUACCGCUUCGAGAAAGAAUGGGCGCAGAAGGCGCUCGAGUUGGAGCGUCGACGCAGCUCUGUCCGUAUCGACCCAUUGUUCAACCCAAACCCCAGACUCGCUCCGCUGUCAGCAGACGCAAGCGAUGACCAGGCAACAGGAGCGACUUCUCCCAAGCAGCAUUCAGCACCUGAGUCUCGCGUCAUGUCCAGAGGUGCCUCGCCAUUUGGCGACGCGUCGGCUGGUCCAUCAUCGAGAACCCCGCAGAGCAUUCCAAGUGGAUCGUUCUCAUCAUCGCAUCGAGCUUCCUCGAACGGUCUUGCCAGCGUGCUCUCGAACUUUGCUGAGCUGAUCGAACAUCGUCAGCGUUCGUGCUCCGGUUUGGAAGCCCUCGCUAAGCAGGCAAAAGAAUUGCCUGUCAAGCGCCUGAGUCAACCCAACCCGCAGUUCCGAAUCGCUUUUGGCGAGUUUUCGUGGUCAAAAAACUUAGCAGGGACAAGCAGCAUGGGUCCUGCAGCAAGAGGCCACUCUACCUCGCACAUGAUCAGUGAAGGCGAUGACGACGGCUCAGAUGUCUCUUCUCCUGACACGUACGAGGAUUCGGUCGACAGCGAUGCAGUAGCCUCAGCAGGGCCAAAACCGCGAACGCCGUCCAAACCAUCGCUACUGCAAGUCUUGUCCGAGAGGAAGAUCAAGGAAGAGGCAGAUUCUGACGGUGAAGCGCCUGCAACACCACGAUCCACUAUGAGCAUCGCUAGCAUGCUCUGA